AUGCCUGAUGGCAUCAGCCCCAAGAACGAGGCAUGGGAGCAGGACUCGUCCAAGAACUCAAGGCUCUCCCAUGGCGGCAAAGAAAGCAUUGUCUUCUUCAUCGAUAUACACAAGGAAGAGUUUCCAGGCGUCGUAUGGCCGACCCUCAACGGGUCCAACGGGAACCUCACGUUGGAGCUGUUCAAGCAGUGUGUCUCCUUGAUAGUCCUCACUCAAGCGCGAAUCAGCAGGAACAAUGAGUUCUGCUUGUGCGUGUUGUUGGAUGGAGCGAUCCUCUGCUCUGAGUUCACCAGCGACAUCUCGCAAUUAUUGGAUCAAGUGUAUGCUCUUGAGGGCCAGGAGCCCUUCAGCGAGCUCGACAUGGCGUCUGUAUUCAACAUCCUCCAGGAGAGGAAGCAAACUGUUGCCGUUUCACCCAAGAACAGCACAGGAGACAAUCUCGUCAGAGGUAUCCUCUUCUAUGCCCGAUCUCAUGCCCCGAAGUUUGUUGAGGGCGAGGAGGCCUGGCGUGAGCUGAGCAGGGACCCGGAUGUCGUUCUUGAUGCCAUCUUCGUUCACUCCACCCACGGCUCUAAGGAGAAGGCGCAGGAAAUCUUUGACUUCUUCAUUGACUUAGACAUAGACAACUCAGGGCUGCCCUACACGUUUGAAAGUGUCUUGAACCCCAAGAAAGUUUUGCGCUGCGCUGCUCAGCUCGCUGCGAACGGACGGCAGAGGCCGAAGCAAGGCCUGCUGGUCAACGACCUGACCAAGAUCGAGCUGACCGGGCUCACGGACAGCAUGGACACGACAGAGGAGGAGGAGGAUAUUCCCGUGGGGAUUCCUGUACAAUAA